UGCUGGUGCAGGUGCCUCCCUCCCUCAUGGCUUCCCCAGCUGGCCCCCAGAAGGUCCCUCAGCAGCAGAGUUGCAACCAGGGCUCUUCCCCAGCUGCUCCUCUGGGCAGCUCCCAGGACGAAGGGGACCCAGGCAUGCGGAUGAAGAUGUGCAAAAAGAUCGCCCAGCUCACCAAGGUGAUAUAUGCUUUGAACACUAAGAAUGAUGAGCACGAAGCCAGCAUCCAGGCUCUCAAAGAGGCCCAUCAAGAAGAGAUUCAGUACAUCCUUGCUGAGACCAGAGAAACUGUCCUACAGUAUAAAAGCAAAUUAGAGGAAGCACAGGAACUCCAGAAGUACAUCCACACCCUUGAAGAAGCUUUGGAAAAACACCGAAGAAUAACAAAGGAGGCACCAUCAGAAUUUGCCACAUGUGCAAAACUGACAGAAGAGAGACAACCACCAGUGGAGACCAAGCAAGCAGAAGAGAAGAUUCUCCUUCCCCAAGUGAUGGUGCACAUGAAACUAGAUUUAGAAAACACAGAUCAGGCUUCAAACAAGGAGUCAGACAUCCUCAUGAGCAAUCACAAGGCCUUGGCAGGAGAUCAGCUAGACAACAGAGGGAAAUUAACUGAAAUAUACAGUAUAGAUAUGCAGGCUGCCAUGAGUGAGACAGUGAACUUCAAGUGGGAGAAUGAGAAACUGACAGAAGUAUACCCCGAGAAAGCAACUCAGCUCCAGGCCUCUCAUGAGAAAGAGAAAGAAACCUGGAGAAAGGCCAUGCAGCAAUCAGUGGCUGAUUCAUGCAGAGAAUGGCAACAAAAGAAAAUGGAGCAAAGGAAAAUCUAUGAGGCUCGAGAAUCUGUUUCACGGCAGCAGCUGGAGAAGCUGGAGGCUGACUUGGAAGCAAAAGGCCAGAAAAUCAGUGAACUGAAAAAGUAUUCCCAGAAGCUGAAGGAGAAAAUGCAGGAGGUUCAAAUUCAGUUAGAGGAAUUAAAAAAGAAAUAUGAGAAUGAGAUAAGACAGCUGCAGAAGGAGAAAGAAGCAGUAAAUGGAAAGCUUCAAGACUGCUCUCUGGAGGCUUUAAGAUUAGAGACUUUCAUCAGACAAAACCGUGACAUCCCUAAGUGUGCAGAAUUCCUUAAAUCUCAUGCCCGAAAAUCCCGUGAGCGGCAACAGGAGUUGCAUGAUGCAUUGGUACAACAAAAAGACAUUUCUAAACAUCAGAAAGAAAGAGGAAAAGGCAGAGAGCACCCUCCAGUUCCAACCAGUUCCAGAAAUGAAGAGAAGCCAAGGUUGGACUCUGGAGGGACACCAAAACGAGAAGACAGGCAGACUCUUGCAAGUUUCCAGAAAGAGAAAAGCAAAGAAAUACAAGCUUUGCAAGAGGAAUGGUACUACCAAAAGACAGAAUUGCAAGCUCAAGUCACAGAGCUGAAGAAAACUUUAGAACAGCAAGCAAAUGCUUUCAGAGAAGCCCUCAAACAACAGGAACUACAGUCCAGUAGAGAGAAAGAAAAGCUUUUGCAAGAUCUUCAGGACACCAUUAAGCAUAGCCAAGAUACUAAAGCACAGCUGGAGGCAUCUCACCAGAGAGCCAUAAAUCUCCUGGAGAAAAGCAAAAAUCAAGAGUUCAAGGAAGCAGAGGAGUACUGGAAAAAGGAAUGUAAUGACAGGUUCAAGCUUCAGCAACAGUCACACCAUCUGGAAGUGCAAGCCUUGGAAGAGAAAGCAAGAGAAAAGUUACAGACUGAAGUUGAAAGUAUACAGAAUCAACAGACCUUAUUGAUAGAUUCUCUGAAGCUGGAGCUGUCAGAACAACAACUGUCUUAUAUGACUCACAGUAAAGAAAAAGAGGAACUGCAAGUGGAAUUGAAGAAUGUUGUAGCUGCAAAAAGACACCAGGACUUAAAUUACCAGAAUCAGAUAAAAUCUCUUAAUGAUGAACUGGAGAAGUGUCAGAAUGAAAUUUCUGGGCUAAAGAAGGAAAAUUCCGUCUUAAAGGACACAAUGGAUUUGUUGACCGUGGAUGUGGAGCUACAGAAGCAAACAUCUGCACAGCUUCAAGACAGGGAGAACCAGCAGAGAAGGUUAUUGGAAGAGGACCUUAAAAUCAAACACAAAAAGGAACUGGACAUCUUGAAAGAAAGCCAUCACAAAGAGUUGCAGAAUGUGAUAUCUGAGUUCAGUAAUUCACAAGCUCUUCUCCAUGCAAAGAUUCUCUCCUUGGAAAAUGAACUUAAAGAACUGGAAGAGAAACCAAGAAAGAGAGAGCCUAGGCUGGAAGACCUACAGCAUAUAGGCUGUCUUCAAGAUAAAUUACAUGAAAAAGAAGAGAUGAUCAAGGAAUUAAUGGAUGGAAGAAAUCUUCGGCAUUCACUUAUACCCAGCGCAGAGCCUCAUCGCAACCGGUCCUUUUCUUUUAAUACAAAUCCUACUACAUGUUUGACUCCCAUUGCAAAGCAAAAGAAGAAAAUGGAUGAAGCUCCAAGCCGAAUUGUCAGUGUUCCAAAUUUAGCCUCCUAUGCAAAAAGCUUUCUAACUGGCGACUUGAGGCCUAAAAGAAAUCCACCCCAGAUCACCAAAUCUACAAGUUUAGAUCAGAAUCCUGGCUGUGUCAGAGUGUGCUAUCCAUCUGUACAAGUUUUGGAGAUCAAACCAGCCACAAGGCUGCAAAACACUGAAACAUCAAACCUCAAAGAUGCUGAGAAACCAGACCCUGGGCAUCAGGAAUGGUUUACUAAGUAUUUCUCUUUCUGAGAGAAACAAUUUCUAUAAUAUCUAGCUCUGGUGGUGUAAUUAAACAUUUAUAUUUUGUGCUUUACCCAAUAUUUUACCAAUCAGCUUAAGCAAGCCACAAGGAGUUUACAAUCCAAAUUCAAAUAAACGAGGGAGAGCAUUCGGCCACAUUGGCAAGUAUGAUGUGUUAAAACAUCAGAUAUACUACUAAUAAAUAUUCUUGAUCUUCAACAAAUAAAAAGGAGUCCUGGUGGUGCAGUGGUUAAAUCAAGGUGCUGCAGCCACAACAUUGUGAGUUUGAUCCUGAGGAGCUAUAAGUUCGACUCAGCCAUCCAUCUUUUUGUAGGUCGGUAAAAUGAAUAUCCAGCUUGUUGGGGAGCAAAUGGCUUACAGAUUGUAAACUGCUUAGAGACUGCUUAGUUCAGUAUGAAACAGUAUAGAAAUGUAAAUGCUAAAUGCUAAAAUGAAUUACCAAUUUAAAAAUAGGCUAUUUUUUUAAAAAAAAUCUCUUAACUUAAUGGUCCUUUGUUUUUUAUUUAUUUUAGUGAUUUAUGUGCUAUUUCCCAAUAUUGGGACCCAGGAUGACUUGCAAAAUAUUUACAACAUAUGAUCAAUAAAAUAAAAGUUGAAUCCUAAAGAAAAAUCUAUAAAAGCCUUUUAAAAAAAAUCAAUAAAAGACAAAAUAUAAAAACAACAAAACAGCACAUCACUAAAAACUCAGUGUAGUCAAUUCCUAAAAGCCUGUCAGAAUAGGAAUGUUUUUACUUACUGGUGGAAAGAGAGCACCAUCUUAGCCAGGGAGGGAGCUCUAAAGUUUAGAAGCAGUCACUGAGAAGGCCUACUCCCUUGUUUCCACCAAACAUCCCUGGGAAGGUGGUGGGACUGAAAGGCAGACUUUCCCUGAACAUCCUAACACUUGGGCAGGGACAUAGAGGAAGUUGCAGUCCUUUAACAGUCAGGGCAGUUUAUUAAUUUCAAUCCCAGUUAGAUUCCCCAAUCAUCUUACAUUUGAAUCAAAAUCAUAUAAAUAAUAAAACUGAAACCAGUAAAACAGGUUUAAACAGUAGCGCAUACAGAGAAACCAAGAUAGGACAAAAAUCAGUCUGAAAGGCUGAGGAAACAUAGUAAGGAUUUCACCAAGUGCUGAAAAGAAAACUCAGCAUUAUGCAAAGAUCCCUAGAAAUAGGAGAGACUUUAAACGCCAGGUUUCCCCAAAGAUCCUGUCUUAGCAUGUGCCACAUCUGACACCAGUGUGCCUAGAAAAGAGCCCCCAAGGAAACUCCUAAUUGUAAAGGAAACGGUCGUGUGCCAGAUGUGCAGUCACAACUCAGCCCUUACUGCUAGCUGUACUAAAAGAUUCUGUGACUAUUGCUGUUGUUGUUGUGUGCCUUCAAGUCAUUUACAUCUUACAGUGAAACUAAGGCAAACCUAUCAUGGGAUUUUCUUGGGAU